AUGGAUGAGUUACACGAGUACAUGGACUUUCGACCAUUGAAAUACUCAGAACACAAAACAUCAGUCACUAAAUACACCAAAACCUCACCGGCAAAAAACAAUAUCUCCGACCAAACUCGACCCGACUCUGUCAGAAUCAUUCGUGUCUCCGUAACCGAUCCUUACGCAACCGACUCAUCAAGCGACGAAGAAGAAGACUUCCUCUUUCCUCGCCGGAGAGUGAGAAGAUUUGUAAACGAGAUCAAAGUCGAGCCAGACUGCAACAACACCAACAUCACCGGAGUUUCGAUGAAGGAGAGAAAGAGACUCUCAUCAUCAUCAUCAUCUCCGGCGUUGAAUCGUCACCGUCCUCUGAAAGUUUCAACCUCCUCAGGACAAAACGUGAGGAAGUUCCGCGGGGUUAGACAACGGCCGUGGGGAAAAUGGGCGGCGGAGAUUCGAGAUCCGGAGCAGAAACGGAGGCUUUGGCUCGGAACUUUCGAGACGGCGGAGGAAGCCGCCGUGGUUUAUGAUAACGCCGCUAUUAGACUCCGAGGACCGGACGCCUUAACUAAUUUCUCUAUACCUCCACAAUCUCAAGAAGAGUCAGAACCGGAACCUGAACCGGUUAUUAUUAAACCGGAAAGCGAUAUUACAACGACGAUAACAUCGAGUUCCGAAUCAACUGAAGAUUUUCAACAUGUUUCUUCUCCCACAUCGGUUCUCAAUCUCCAAUCAUCCGAAGAGAUACAACAACCGUUUAAAUCAUCUAAACCGGAACCGGAAAUUUCAGAUGCAUCCGUGUGGUUUAGUUCCGGGUCAGUUGAGACAGAUGAUUCGUUUCCGUUGGAUACUAUGUUUCUCGACAACUAUUUCAACGAAACACAACCGGAUGUUUCAAUAUUCGACCAACCAAUGGGUGAAAAUGAUAUCUUCACUGAUUUGUUCUUGGAUGGUGGAAGUAUGAUUAGCAUUGGAGAUGAGUUUAGUCAUUCCAGUAUCAAAGAUAUUGGUUCAAUGUUCAGUGAAUUUGAUGAUUCAUUGAUAUCAGAUCUGUUAGUCGUUUAACAUCAUGAGCCAGAAGCAGAGAGAAACCAUCAGCAAAUAUCUAUGGCGACUGAAAAUUUUUGAUGUGUUUUUUUUUUUAAUUUUUAUUUAAUGAGCCUUUUUAAAUUUAAUAAUUUAGUUUUGAGCCUGUAAAACAGUUUUGGAGAAAUAGUGGAGAAAAGUUAAUGAGUUUUGUUCUGAUUCAUUAAUUAAAUGUGUUAUUAGUUGCACGAACGUGUUUAUUUUCAAGUAAUAUUUUAAUUAUAUUAGCAUUUGC